AGGAGGAGAUGAAAGUCCAAGCACUGCUUCUUGUGUGGGCAAUUACGAUCCUGUGCUUGGUUUCAUACACUGCAGGAUUUUCCCAUGGGGCCAGUCUUUCGGCUUGUACUGAUAUGAGGCCCAAACAUAUCAGAGCUCACCUUCAGAACCCACAAAAUAAAUAUAUUACCAUCCACACCAAUAUGUCUUUUUUCCCGGGUGAUAAAGUACCAGUCACAGUUAGGAGCACACGUGAUUUCAUGGGCUUUAUGCUCCAGGCUCGCAGAGUACUGAAUGAUCAAAUUGCCGGCACUUUUGUGUACAUUCCUCCCAGCUCCAAGCUACUGAACUGUUUUGAAGAAGGCGACACUGUCACCCAUUCGGACAAGUCACUAAAAAGAAACUUAUCCUUUGUGUGGAAAGCACCAGAUCAGCCCAUUGGAGACAUCAGAUUCUUUUUAUCAGUCGUCCAGUCAUACUUUGUUUACUGGGCACGGAUUGAAUCUUCCACUGUGUCACAACAAACACAAAACAAAACCGCUACAGAAAAUAGGGUAGCCUCUACUGCCGUAAAGCCCAUGCCAUCUCAGAAGCCUAGUGAUCAAAAAACAUCACUUACUGCAAGCAAAGAAAGUACUACACUUGACACUCAGGAGUCAUCAUUUACACCUAGCAGCCAAACGUGGGUUGCAGCAACAUUGGUUUUGGAUCCAGUUUACAGCAGACAACAAGUCUCUGAGCCCCUUGAAAAUGGGAGGCUUCUAUCUCAGUUCCUUGCAAACCUGGUCACUUCACAAGCUAUCAGUCACAGCAGAAAAACACCAAUGAAUGGAAGUGACACAGAUGGUGAUCUCACACUGGAGUCAUCACUUCAGUUCCGGGAUCUCAGCUUCAUUGCUCAAGAUUAUUCCUCCAGCCACAGCUCCUACAACGGGACUGAAAAUAUUUCAACUGUUCCUGUGUCACUACUGUGCUUGACAUGUAAGGAAGGCAUGGAGGUGCCUUCUGAACAAACUGAGACAAGUAUAAGUACGUCUACUCCACUCAUUACAGCUUCUGUGUUGGUCCAACUUGUGGAUUCUCCAAUGCUUGCAGACAUGGGGAAGAUACCAGGGGAUUUGUCUAUUGAAGAGGAUUUAGAUGUCUACCAAAGUUUAUCAACUGCUCUGAUGCAAAUGGCAGAGAAGCAACCAAUGACAGAAAACGCAUCAGCAAAAUUCCUGCCUCAUGCAGAAGUCACAACCUCUCCGCAGGAGGAAAAGGGCAAAAGGGAUAUUUCUAGGAACCCUCUCCUGAAGGUAACAAGAAAGGCCAAAGCUACUGUUUCAAGAGGAGGAGGGCGAGAGAAAGAGCCACAGCUGGUAGCUGCUCAACUGGGUGUUCUCCUCGGAUGUUCUGCUGUCCUUGGCAUGGUGCUGGCUAUCACUUUACGCUGCAUCCAUUCCCAGUAUUGUCACAAGCGUACUGAAGUCUCCUUUAGUGAGCCAGACAGCAAUGUCAUUGCACUUCAAGAGAAUGGGGAGAUGAUGCAUUUCAGAAAGAUACGAGAAAACAGCUUUGUCUUGGUACAGGCAGAGUACAACUGGAUCAGUCCAUCAGGCAGUGGGAAAAAAGGUGCUAUCUAGUUUUUAGAGAAUCUGCCAUCUUCACUGUCACCUGCACUUAAAGCUGUGGUAAAAAUUAGUAAGAACAUAGGAGACAAAGAUAGUUGCAUAUAACCAUGUAAGCAAAAAUCCUCAAUGCAUGUAUGUUUUGGUUACAGUACAGAUGCAUCUUAACUACUCUACAGAUGUUUUGAAAUGUAGAUGUUCUUAGUUUCAGAAAUCAUGGAAAUAUGCAUAGGCAUUUUGUUAAAAGUGUUAUCCAUCCUUAGUGCAAUUAAUAUUGCAUACCUGCUCAUUAAAUGGGGUUGUUGUAGCCAUUA